UAUGAGAGAAAAAAAACGAGCCCGCAGCCGGAAGAAGAGCUUAGCCGGCACAGCACCAUCGAAAGGGGCUACUCCGCCGCCGCUUCGUUUUCUUUUUCUUCUCCUCCCCGCCCCCCUUCCCCUUCUUAGUUUAGGCGCGGCGCGCGCACCCUACAGAGGAGGGGGCGGGGCGAGGCAAGAGAAAAGGCGCGGGGGGGAGGAGACUCAAGAUUCCGCCGGACUCCAACUCCCACAAUGCUUCGCAGGCGGGCAGCUCAGUGUGAGCGGAGAUCAUUGGGAUGGUUUAAAGCUUGAAACUGAAAUACUGGAUGGAAAACCUAGACUUAUAGUGGCUUCUUAUGUCAGUAAAUCUAAACCAAACGUAAAGAUGUGUAAUAAAAAUAGAAUAUUAAGACCUACGGCGAGGACAAAACAGAAUGGACAUAUUCUGAAAUCAGUGCAAACAUCUUGUGAAAAGAAUGAAUGUUUAACAAAGUACAACACUGGAUCAAGACUUUCAGUGACGAAAGGUAGUAAAAUCUCUGAGACUUCAGCUUGUGCUAAGGAGUUAACAAAAGAGCCUUGCAACAGAGACUACACUCUUAUCGUCCCAAAAGACAGCACAGCCACAAAGCCUGAUAAUAUCAGAAGUUCAGUGAAGAAACCUUUGAUGGCCAACAAAAAGUUUAAAAAGCAUCCUGUUUCGGUCGAAGAUCUAAGGGACAAUUUGAUAUGCUUAACACAACAGCAGCUGGAACAGAUUUUGAUGGCUGUUAAAGAAGGAACCAGAGGAGUUUCUCAGGUUCAGGAUGAAAAAAAUGAAGAAACAAUAUCCAAGAGUGCAGAGAACAACACUCCUGCUGAUCAGAGUUCAGAAGAAAACAUAAUGGGUUUGCUUCAGAAGGCUGAAGUUCCAUCAGCUCCAAGUGAAAGUAGUAUAAUUUCAGACAAAAAACAAGGAACAUCCAAGCAUGCUGAAGAAAAAACAAUCACGAAUUUGUGGAAGCCAGCUGACAUAUUUAGUACUUUAGGAGAAAGAGAGAGGGAUAAAACAUUGUUAGAAUUAAAGAAGUCCCAAUGGAAGAAGGAACUGGAUGAACAGGUGGCUUUAAAAAAGAAACUUAAAGAAACUUAUGAAACAGAAUCAAAAUAUCGAUCAUGGCAGAAAACUGAUACAAUAAGAAGCUGCUCAGAAAAACUCCAAAUGACUCAUCAAGCCAAGAUGGCAUUUUCAGAUGCUUUGAGCACUGCAACAGAAGAUAGAAACAUCUGUACAAGUUUAACCACUGAGGCUAGUGAAGCUUCAUCCAGUGUUUCAAGCGGUCAAACUGGACAGUUCUCUAGUUUCAGUUCUCCUGAUUUACCAGCUGCUAUUCGCACAGCGUUUGUGUUAGGGGAAGCCACACCAGUAGAGCAUCCUUUUAGUGCUGUUAAACGUGAGCAACAGAAAAAAUGGCUGGAAGAGCUUGAUAAACAAAGAGAAGCUGACAAACUACGCAAAAUAGAAGAAAAAUGUAAUUUAUCAAAGGGUGAAGAGCAUGACCGUUGGACUUUGCAUUUUGAUUCUUUCAGGAACCAUGCAAACUCUUUUUCACAAUACCCUUUAAAUACAACAUACAAAAAACAUCAUGAAGCUUUGCAGCUUUCACCAGAGCCCCAGCAACAGGCUGUUUUUACACCUACACCUACAGAGGGAGAGAUGUUAGGAAAAUCAAUUGGAAACUGCAUUUCAGAGCCAAGUCAGAAGGCCAGUUUCCUUCGUUCAAUGACUGCACUUCUGGAUCCUGCUCAAAUAGAGGAAAGAGAGAGGCGGCGCCAGAAACAGCUAGAGCAUCAGAAAGCCAUAAUGGCUCAAGUGGAAGAAAAGCAGAAGAAGAAACAACUUGAAGAAGAACAAAGAAAACAGGAGGAGCAAGAAGAAGAGUAUCGCCUUGCAAAAGAACAGGAAGUGAUGAAGAAACAGUUUGAGGAAGAUCUACUCAGACAAAAGCAAAAAGAGGAAAUGAUGAUCCUUAAAACUAAUGAACUAUAUCAGACAAUGCAAAGAGCUCAGGAGCAGGCUCAGAGAUUAAAACAGGAACAGCGUAUUAAAGAACUAGCUGAGAAAGGGCAUGAUAUUUCCAAACUGCAGAAGAAUUUUGGUGGUGGUGAUACAUCAUAUAACACUUCUUAUACCGACUUGAAUGGAUUUUUGGAUGUGACUGAUCACUGUUCUGGAAUAAAUAGUAAUAUAGCACAUCCAGAGAGCAACACUGUUCUCUCUCCUCGAAAGGACACUGCUGUUCAGACAGAGAAUGCUAGCAUUGACAUACAUGCCAAUUCUCCUACUGAGCAAAAUGGAGAAAGAAGAAUUGACUGUGUAUCUCCAGAUACUCCUGUAGAAUAUCAAGUAGAUUUCAGCAGCAAAAAAUGUAAAAAGGAAGCACAGUAUCUGAAUAAAAAGAUUUCAGAAAAAGAGAAUAUUGUCAGCUGUAACAAUCUGAAUGAACAAUCUGCACAAAAACAAAAACUAAACAGGGAGAGGAAUGGGAAAAGGCCAGACUGGAAUAUAAACAAACCUUGCAAAAGAUACAUUCCAGCAUCAGAAAAAUAUCCAAGACGGAUGCAGAAGCAAAGGGAAGAAAAGAAAGCUCGGCGACAAAUGGAACUCCUUCAGCUGGUUGAAAGAAACAGCCCUGGAAAUCUUGGUCAAAAGAAAGGCAUUUCUCCAGAUAGAUCCCCCUCACCUCAACUUGAAGAUGAUAUUAAGAAUAAGGAAGAACUGUCUCUAAAAAACUAUCCGUUUGACCAAAGAUCAGCCUCACCACCUGUUCCAGCAGUUAAAAACAGGUUACAACAACAAAGAAAGACUCCUGAUUUCCCAGCUCAUGACAGCAAUUAUGGAAGAGAGAUAAGUACUGAUACAGAGAAGCAUCAGAGCGAAAGACCUCCUCCAAGUGCUGGGAUUGAAAGGCCACCUUCAUCUCACUUUGUCCCCUAUGUGCGGACAAAUGAGGUGUAUUACCUUGAUCCAGACGCUCCCAUGACUAGACCAGCAACGCAUGAUCCACAAUACCAACAGCUGACUGAUGCUUACCAUACACCACGGCAGACGUUUAGUUCUGAUAAUGUAAGGGAUCCGCUUUUUAAUCCUAACAUUGUGAGAGAGAGGCAGCAGGCCAUACUCAAGGGACUUUCAGAGCUACGGCAGGGCCUCCUCCAGAAGCAGAAAGAAUUGGAGACAUGUCUUAUUCCAUGCAUUUUAAGUCAAGAAGAGAACUUUAUUUCACCUUUUUAAGAAACUGAAGUUUGAUAAAUGGGUAUUUUGCUGUUGGCACUUUAUACUUGCUACUGUAAUUAUGAACCAAGUCUGUAGAAUGUGGAUUUUUCAGGAUGCUUGAAUAAAUGGUUAUCUAUUUUGUAUGUUUUUGAUAAGCUUUCAGUAAUGUAAGACUUUAUUUAGCAGAAAACAAUGCUGCAUGUGGUUUGUUUACAUGGAAUAUUUGUCUAGUUAAUUUAAAUGUUAUGUGUAUUCUGUAUUUAGUGUAAGGAAUAAAGUAUUAGGGUUUGAAUGCCACAGCUGCUUAUGGCGCCUCUUUUAGGUUUUAUCGACUUCUUGUAUAAUAGUUUAAAUAAAAUUAAAUCUGGUGUUACACACAGUAGCAGCACAAAGGCUGCAUUCUGAAAUUUUAAACUGAGGUCCCACUUCAAGCACCUGGAUGAUGUAAUGCUUAUGGUUGUCUCCAUCUGUAUGGAAAUACAGCUUACAACUAGAAGAUUAAUGCUUGUCUCAUUAUGAAAACCAGUUGCAAAUUGCAUGCAAAAUAUAUGAUGCCAAAAAUACAAUCUCAGGCCAUGAACCCGAAAGUUAUGUGCAAAUGUGUGUCAGCCCGAACCGCACAUCAGACUAUUCAAAAAAAUGUGAGAUGACUUCAACCACUGAUUUUCUUUAGAAGUAAAUGUGCAAUGCGUAAAUGGUGAGAAACUGUUGGGAAAAAUCAAUGACAAGGCAUGUCACUGUGCACUGUGCAAUAUUCAACAAAGACUGUAAUACUGUCCACUGUGUAAGUCUGACAUUCCAGUUCUGCCAAACUGUACUGAACUCCAAAUGCAGUUGUCCAGAAUUUUACCACUAACCCAUGAUUUGUUUAACUCUGGGCACGCAGACAGAAGACCAUUUGGUUAAGUUGUAUCAUUUUUUAAAGUAGCUUUCAAACCCUGUGACAUACAUAGCACUCAACAUUUGUUUCCACAGAACACCACCUUCGUUAGGUGACCGUUAUGUCUACAAAGAUCUUAAGAACUAUUGUAAUGACUUUAUUGUACAUUAUCAAUUUUGUAUCUGCUGUAUAGAUUCCCUGUAUUUUUCUGUUCCAAUUGCAUCAAGUUUUUCUUUUUUGAAAACCAAUUCCAGUAAUGGAGUUUGUACACUUCUUCCAGAUGGAGCACUGACUAGUAACAUGGCUUCUCUCUCCAAAA